AUGUCGUUGAAGGGUGAAGCCAAGUCGAGGGAGCGAGAUCCCCCACCUCUCCCUCUUCUGUCUCCGUCACCCGGCAUUUCUCGCGUCUCGCUUCCUGGAGCCAUCACAACCAGCGUCCCAGCUCUUGGAAGGCAUAACCUCAAAUGGGAUCCCACCAACGUAGAAGCUGGAGCGCAGUCACGCUCUGGAUCGGAUAUGCCAUCAGAACGACGUCCCGAGUGGUCAUUACCUGCUAAAGGGAGUUAUGGGGGCACCGACAGGACAGAUGCUCUGUGGGCCGAAAUGCAAGCCACGCUGGAGAAGGUGGAAUUAUCCGCUUCAGAAGGCACACAUGUGUUUGGGCCCGAACAUGAUCGCAAACUAGGGGAUCUGAGGACUGCCCAAAUUGUACUUGCACAAGCCUGGGCCAGAAGCGAGGCGGACGAUACGAUAGAGACUGCCCUGCGUGAUCACAUGAAUGAUGCCAAAGGUGAUGAGCUACUUAAUUUAAGAGAUGGGCUAUUGGACUCAUCAAGGCCCGAGAGGGGAGAGGGGACUGAUGCAGCAAAGAGCAUGAUGGGCACAUCUAGUGGAUGGCAAGGAAGUGAUGAAAGGAAAGUCGAUCGCCUGGGCGCCAAGUUGGUGGAGGAAACGGAGGCCGACAUUCUACUUGCGAGGAAGCGUCGUGAGGCCAACGAUGAAUAUUUUGAGCGUGUUAACGACGGCGUCAUCGACGUUAUUGCGAAACUGGAAUCAGUCGCAGUGGCUAUGCGAGCGGUGGAGGAAGAAACCAAAGACUUAUGGAAUGACAACGCCAGCCCCUAA